AUGGCUGCCCCCGCCGGAAACUUCAAGGUCGCCGACAUCUCGCUGGCCGCCUUCGGUCGCCGCGAGAUCGAGCUCGCUGAGAACGAGAUGCCGGGCCUCAUGGCCACCCGUGCCAAGUACGCCACCGACCAGCCGCUCAAGGGCGCCCGCAUUGCCGGCUGCCUGCACAUGACCAUCCAGACCGCCGUCCUCAUCGAGACCCUGACCGCUCUCGGUGCCGAGGUCACCUGGACCUCGUGCAACAUCUUCUCCACCCAGGACCACGCCGCCGCUGCCAUUGCCGCCACCGGUGUCCCCGUCUUCGCCUGGAAGGGCGAGACCGAGGAGGAGUACCAGUGGUGCCUGGAGCAGCAGCUGGUUGCCUUCAAGGACAACAAGCGCCUGAACCUGAUUCUCGACGACGGAGGUGACCUGACCCAGCUCGUCCACGCCAAGUACCCCGAGAUGCUCAAGGACUGCUACGGCCUGUCCGAGGAGACCACCACUGGUGUCCACCACCUGUACAAGAUGCUGAAGAACGGCGAGCUGCUGGUGCCUGCCAUCAACGUCAACGACUCCGUCACCAAGUCCAAGUUCGACAACCUGUACGGCUGCCGCGAGUCCCUCGUCGACGGCAUCAAGCGCGCCACCGACGUCAUGAUUGCCGGCAAGAUCGCCGUGGUUGCCGGCUACGGCGACGUCGGCAAGGGCUGCGCCAUGGCCCUCGCUGGCAUGGGCGCCCGCGUCCUGGUGACCGAGAUUGACCCCAUCAACGCCCUGCAGGCCGCCAUGGCCGGCUUCCAGGUCACCACCAUGGACAAGGCCGCCUCGGUCGGCCAGAUCUUUGUCACGACCACCGGCUGCCGCGACAUCCUGGUCGGCCGCCACUUCGAGGCCAUGCCCAACGACGCCAUUGUCAGCAACAUUGGCCACUUUGACGUCGAGAUUGACGUUGCCUGGCUCAAGGCCAACGCUGUGGAGCACGUCAACAUCAAGCCCCAGGUCGACCGCUACACCAUGAAGAGCGGCCGCAAGCUGAUUCUGCUGGCGGAGGGCCGCCUGGUCAACCUGGGUUGCGCCACGGGCCACUCCUCGUUCGUCAUGUCCUGCUCCUUCACCAACCAGGUCCUGGCCCAGAUCGCUCUCUACAAGAACAAGGACGAGGCGUUCCGCAGCAAGUAUGUCGAGUUCGCCAAGAACGGCACCUUUGAGAAGCAGGUCUACGUCCUGCCCAAGAUCCUCGACGAGGAGGUUGCCAAGCUGCACCUCGACCACUGUAACGUCGAGCUGAGCAAGCUCACCGAUGUCCAGGCCGAGUACCUGUCUCUGCCUGUCGAGGGUCCCUUCAAGCCCGACCACUACCGCUACUAA